UGUAAACGUCAGAAGUACGCAAAUAUUUCUCCGGGGCCUGGAGAUCGACAUGGAUGCCCCGGACACUGCUAGUAUGGAGGCGAUUGAGAAAGAGAGAGCACAAGAGGUGAAGAAAGAAAGAGCUCAAUUAUUUCCUCUCCUCCUUUCCUCUGACCACCCCCCUGCUUUCACUGAGAACUCUGAACCCGCGAAAUGGCUGAGCAACCCCAGCUUCACCUUCGAUGUCUCCGCUGUUCCUGCUGUCAUUCCGGCCCCCUUCCCAAUAACAUCACCCCUCGAAAAUUCAGACGAAGAAGAUGCCGAAGCACCAAAGAAGCCGUCUUAUGAGCCCGUUCCCUUGCCGUCUUCGUCUGAAUCAGAGCGGCCUUCGGAGCGGAAAGAGAAAGGUAGACGGAGAAAGAGAAAGCGGGAGAAGGGGAGGGAAAGUUUAGGUCAGGAAUCGUCUAGAAAGUCGGGUGUUCGAGCUUGGAUUGGUUCUGAGACAAAGCCCAGCAAGGAUUAUUACUUUGAUGUUCAUGGUGAUCGGGAUAAUUUAGCGUUUGGUUGCCUCUACAGAAUGGAUAUUGCACGAUACAAGCUUCAGUACCAUUCAGAUCUUUCAGAGUUCGAUUUUGAGCUGCUGUGUCAUCGAAGAUAUUCAGUUUCAAGCAUGGAUAUUGAUCAUGACCUUGAUGUAUUGGAUACUAAAUUAAAAGGAGGAGGCCGCUAUUAUUCUGUGAAAUUCACAACCUUGGAAAGGCACAAGGGCUUCAAACAUGUUAAAAUUGCUGUGAAGAAGUCCUCUUUGAUUCCAGGCGAGUAUAUUCCUCUAGUAGAGCUGCGUACUUCCACAGAAAAUGGCAGAAAUGAAUUAAAUGCAGAUGUGGAGCUUGAGGAAUCUUGGGAGGAUGAAUUACUACGAAGAACUAGAGAGCUGAACAAAAUGUCUAGAGACUUUCCUCAUGAUGAGAAAGUCUGGCUGGCUUUUGCUGAGUUUCAGGAUAAAGUUGCAAACACUCAGCCACAAAAAUCAGCUCGGUUACAGACGCUUGAGAAGAAGAUAAGUAUUUUGGAAAAGGCCGUUGAGCUUAAUCCAGAUAAUGAAGAAUUGUUGCUUUGUCUUUUGAAGUCGUAUCAACAGCGGGAGACGACUGAUUCUCUGAUGGAAAAAUGGGAAAAAGUUAUUGUGCGACAUUUUGAUAGUGUUAUGCUAUGGAAAGAAUUCUUGUUUGUUCGGCAUGGAGAGUAUUCCAAGUUUAAAGUAUCUGAUGUUAGGAAAACUUAUGGUCAUGCCAUCCAGGCUUUGUCCUCAGCUUGCAACAACCUUUGUAGGCAGCAGGAUUACAAAGGUUAUAAUUUGAAAUCUAAUCGGUCUUCCUUAGUUCCACUAGAGCUUGGUUUAGUAGAUAUAUUUAUUAAUUUAUGCCGAUUUGAAUGGCAAACUGGACAUCGAGAGUUAGCUACCGGAUUAUUCCAAGCAGAAAUAGAGUACAGUUUGUUUUGUCCUUCUCUACUUCUCAGCUCACAUAGUAAACAAAAACUCUUUGAACACUUCUGGAACAGUAAUGGUGCCAGAUUUGGUGAGGAUGGAGCACUUGGGUGGUCUACAUGGUUGGAAAAAGAGGAAGAGACUAAGAAAGAAGCUAUUUCUGAAGAAAUGGUGGAAGAAUCAGAAGGAGGCUGGUCUGGUUGGUCGGAUGCUUUUUCUAAUGAGCCUGCAGCUAAGAAAGAAAUUUCAGAGGAGCAUUUGGAUGUUGACAAUACCGAAGAUAAUCCUGACAAUGAAUUCAUACCACUGAGUGAUGAUGUUGAAACAUUGUUAAAGAAGCUUGGGAUUGAUGUAGAUGCUGAUCCUCAUACCGAGAUUAAAGACACGAUGACUUGGAAAAAAUGGUCGCAGGAGGAGCUAUCAAGGGAUUCAGUACAAUGGAUGCCUAUUCGAGAAAAUUCUGGAAAUUGUGGAAGUUUCACCUCAGCAUACCUUGAGUAUGAUAUGGACAGAAAUGAACAGCUUUCAAGGGUGAUUUUGUUUGAAGAUGUAAAUCAAUAUUUAUUUUCUCUGUGCUCUAAUGAAGCCCGAUACUCUUUGGUCUCUCAAUUUGUUGAAUUCUUUGGCGCAAAAAUUUCUCGCUGGACAUGCACAAACAAUGCGAGUUGGAUGGAAAAAGUUUUGAGCUUAGAAACAUUGGAAGAUUCUAUUUCAGAAGAUUUGAGGGUUAUUUCUAAUGUGUGUGCUAGUGUUGAGCAUCCAGUUCCUUCGGUAUUAGAAUCCCUUUUGGGCAGCAACACUGAUAUAUUUAGGAGUACAAGUACUGUGAUGUUUCUUCGAAAUGCAAUUUUACUUUGUUUAAGUGUUUUCCCACGCAAUCAUAUUUUGGAGGAUGCCCUUAUUACUGUUGAAGAGUUAGUUUUUAAUCAAAAGAGUACUUCUAGUUCCUCCAUAAAGCCAUCACGGGCUCUGGCCAAGUCUCUACUCAAAAAAGAUCGUCAGGACUUGCUACUUUGUGGUGUAUACGCACGAAGCGAGGCUGCUUAUGGAAAUAUUGACGUUGCAAGGAAAAUUUUUGACAUGGCUUUGUCAUCUGCCAAUGGACUACCAAAGGAACUCACCGAACACAUUCCAAUUUUAUACAUAUGGUAUGCGGAAAUGGAAAUGGCAGCGUGUAAAUCCAGCAGUAGUGGUGGGGAAUUUGUGCAACGUGCAUUGCAUAUACUGUCUUGCUUAGGUGGUAACCUCAAGUACAGUCCUUUUACAACCAAAACAUCUGGUUUGGAUAUUUUGCGAGCACGACAAGGAUUCAAAGAACAAGUUAAAAACUUACGUUCUGCAUGGGCUCAUGGUGAUGUGAAGGAAUCUUCAGUUGCUCUUAUUCGCACAGCAUCUUUGUUUGAGGUCUUAACCACCGGGUGCUCUGCUGGUAUUCAAAUUAUGGAGGAAGCUUUCUCCAUGGCACUUCCAGAAAGAAGAAGUCAUAAUUUGCAACUUGAAUCUUUGUGGAUGCAUUACUUGGCAACACUUCAACAGUAUGUCAAGCAGUUGAAGUUUCCAAAAGUGUGGGAAGUUGUAACACAGAGCUUGCGAAUGUAUCCUUACAAUCCAAAAAGUUAUAGUACCUUGGUGCAAGUCAGUUCCUUUUUCACUGCCCGGCACAAAAUUCGACAGUUAUUUGAUGAAUAUAUGCAAAGGAAACCAUCUGUGAUUGUAUGGCUUUCUGCGUUGGCAUUUGAAUUAGGCAAACAAGGAGCUGAACAUAGAGUUCACGGGUUGUUUGAGAAAGCAUUGGCGAAUGAUAAAUUGCAGAAGUCAGCACUACUUUGGCGCUGCUAUCUAGCUUAUGAAACGGACAUAGCAUGUAAUCCUUCUGCAGCCAGGCGUACUUUCUUCAGGGCUAUUCACGCAUGUCCAUGGUCAAAAAGGUUAUGGCUUGAUGGAUUUCAGAAAUUAAGCUCGGUGAUGUCCGCGAAAGAACUAUCAGAUCUGCAGGAAGUGAUGCGUGACAAAGAAAUACACCUCAGAACAGACAUCUAUGAAAUCCUGCUUCAAGAUGACAUGGGGGUAUGAUGCGAAACUCAUCUCAGUAGUUUACGCUGUAUAAUAAUGCUUGGGUGUCCAGCUUUCCAUAAAGUAGAUAGCAGUGAUAUUAGUCAGUUGGUCGUGAAAAAUUGAUACUAUAUCCAGCUUUUGCCCAAAAGGGUUUCAACCCGACCUUUUUAUUAUAUGGUCCGGCUUAUUUUUAGGCUUUUUCACAUUCAAAGCAGCAACAGGGUCUCUUGAUUUGUGUGUAAAGUUUAAACUUGUACCAUAUAUAAUUAUUUUGAGUAAACUCUUUCGUGGUAUUUUUUUUUUUUGAAAUAGUGCAUUAUUAAACGCUCUUAUGUAGAGCCAG